AUGAAUCCUCCACCCGUCGAGAAUCAACCGGAAAAAAUGGAAGACAAAAAACCGAAUCCACCUCAAAAUCCAAUACAUCCACCUCCUGUUCCCCAACAAUCUGCACCAAGAUAUCCUCAAUCAACUUCUAAUGAGCAGUUUUCAAAAUUGAGUUUCCAACAAGGAGGGGGCAUCGAAUUGUCCGGAUUACAACAAGGCAACCGUCCAAGUGAUGAUGACGGAGCUACGGAACGAGCAUUAAAAGAGUGGUGGGAGACCUGCGCUAAUCCGGAAAAUUUCGCAACUCCACAAUCGAGUGCUGAAGGGCAAAUAGUACAGUCGAAUGUGCAACAAAACUUGGCGCCGCCUGUCUAUCAGUAUCAUCCAAGUGCUCCGAUUCCGAUUCAUAGUGGUGUUGCUGGACCAAUGAGAUCUCCGGCAGGAGGUGGGAUGGGCCAUCUUCCGGGACAAAGAUCACCAAGUCCAUACGCUAGACCAAGUCACCCAUCAAGAGGCGAACCAACAACUGACGGAAUGCAUCUGAUGCCUCAAAAUGCGUCAAAUCAUGGCAUCUCCAUUGCUAGCGACUAUUGGACAACGAGCCAACACGACUACUGUGGAAAUCCUGUUGGUUCUCAUCAAGUCGACCUCAAGAAAGCCCUUUCUUUACCUCAACUCUAUAUGAAUGCGUCCAACACCGAUCUUUCCAGCUGGGGAUUCCGCUCGCAGCCUAUGUAUUGUGAUUCUCCGGGAAUGGGUGAUCAAUUUGAAGGGGAUACACACCAUGAUCCAAUGAUACAAACCAGUCGUUGGAACGAUCCACAGAAUUCAGAAAUUCUUGGAUUUCGGAACCAUCCGAUAUACCCUCCACUCCCUAAAUUUGACUCGACGACUCAGCGCCAGAUGUCAUCGAAUUCUGAAGAGCAGAUCUCCGGAUUACCAGUCAAAGACUAUCUGAAUGCAACCUACCCUAGACCGUCAUCAUCCUAUGCCAAGAACCGCCCGAUACGCAUUGCGCGAAAUGAAAGACUAAUGCAAGAGCGUUCCGAAGAAUGUGACCGUUUUAUCGAGAAGUUGGAUAAACCUCUUCCAAUGGGAGUAACUAAAAAUACAGUAAAACUUCCUGAACUAUAUCAGAAAUGGGCGGAUAUACCAAAGCAUGCUUAUAGGAAACUCAAUCUUCGUGAUACCAUUGGUGUAAACAACGGAGAUUUGGUAGUAGCAGUUCUCAAGGAAGCCGUUAAUAAGGAUGAAGAGAUGGACGCUGUGUGCAGACGAUUGGUCAACUUUUUGAAGGAUGAUGAGAGAGACAAAAUGUUGGAAUAUUCGGUACAGAUGAAACAGAAAUGGGCAAAAAUUAAGAAAACGAUAGGCGUCAGCAGUAGGAAAGGAUCGGAAUCAUCGAAAUAA